UGUCAAACAACUCACUCACAUGCAUUUCCAGAACUCGGAUAAAUUUAAAUGGAAAUGAUUUAAAGGCAGAUGAACAUUCUGCUUUUGUUGAAACCGAUGAGGGUCCACAUCUAUUUCUUACAUUCUCUGGAGCUCAAGAUCAAGCUGGCAUCCACAAGUUUGGGAGUAAAAGAGUGAGACCAACCAGCCCUGAUAAAGAGCAGUACUACGUGGGACUGGUGGUCAGCAGGAGAGAGAAUGAAACAUUGCAGAACAAAGUUUAUGCUUUUUAUAAAGAGAAGAACAAAGACCAAGGACUGAGCAAAGACAUGUGGCUCCCCUUUGUGAGCCAAGUUUGUACGGCGGAUGAAGGGGGUCCAAAGAACAACCUCCGGUUUAAGUGGACGUCACUGAUGAAUGCAAGGCUGUAUUGUGGAAACCCAGACAGCAAACAGCAUUUCUCUGAGCUGGUAGAUGUAGCUAUUGUGGACGCGCCACGGUGGCAGGAUACCAGAGUUUAUGGGCUCUUCAGAAAUGAAUGGGGCAUGAGUGCUGUGUGCAUCUACACCAUAGAAGACAUUAACAACAUUUUCAUCACGUCCCCUUUUAAAGGUUCAAAAGAGGAUGAUGCUGUGGACAAAAAGAGAAAACAG